AUGCAGAGAUCGUUUCCCAAGGAGCAGAACGUGCUGGGCUGGAAGAAAACCUUCAGCCAAGGGAUAGGCGUGACUGCGCCCAAGGCCAGAACCCGUGACAAGCAUAACUCUAAGUUUGGGCGAGGUUCUUCAAGUGGUUCUUCUUCGAACCCAAGCCGUCCUUCUUCCUUUUCUGGGUCCUCUUCAGGUUGGGCACAGCCACAGGUUAAUAGUCCUCAGGUUGUUUCAGUUGUGAAAGAUGAGGAAAUUGGAGAGGAGGCACAGGAACAUAUUAUUGUUGAUGAGCUGUCAGAGUAUUGUGGGAGUGGUGACAAUAAGGCUGUAAAAAAUGACGAUCUAUUGACCGAAAGCAUUCAUAAUGAUGACAAUGUGAGUUCAAGUGAUGAGCUAGCUGAGGGGGAGAAAGUUGGUAAAAAUGACAUUGCAGACCCCGGGGAAAUGAUGAAAGGUUUAGGUGGGUUGAUGAUUUCUGAAAAGGUGACAGUUGAAAAUGUGGACUCAAGCAGGGAUUCUUUACAAAAUGCGAUUGGGAGUUCUCAGCCACCACCUCCUCCUGUUCCUCCCCCGAAACUUUCCUCAGCAAACUCAAAUUCAAGGAGAUCUGUCUCAGGAAGUUCAAAUUCUGUGCGAAUUGGACCUUCGAGAAGAGCAGUUGCCUGGCCUGUUGUUUCAACUAGGACUUCACCAACUGGGUCACGGCCUUCUUCCCCCAGGUCUCAUGGUGAAGGCGAGGGGUACAAUAGUGCUGAUGAACAUAGCCCUUGCUUUGUAUCCUCCUAUGAUGAUGUUGAAAGAGAACGACAGUUUGAAAUUGAUAUUAGACGUGCAAAAGGUUUUGAAGUGAAAAGAAUGCUGGAGGAUGGGAAUUGUCUCUUUCGUGCUGUUGCUGAUCAAGUUUAUGGGGAUUCUGAAGCAUAUGACUUGAUCAGGCAAAUGUGCAUAGAUUAUAUGGAGCGAGAGAGGGAUUACUUUUCUCAAUUUAUUACAGAAGGAUUCACCUCUUAUUGCAAGAGGAAAAGAAGAGACAAGGUGUACGGAAACAAUGUGGAGAUCCAAGCCUUAUCCGAAAUGUAUAAUCGACCCAUCCAUAUUUAUUCCUAUAGCACAGAACCUAUUAAUAUCUUCCACGGGAGCUAUGACACAGACACACCACCCUUACGAUUAAGUUACCAUCAUGGAAAUCAUUACAACUCUCUUGUUGAUCCACGUCGUCAGACCAUUGGUGCAGGACUUGGGUUCAGCUGUCUUCGUGGGAUGGGUGCAAAUGUUGACAAGGAUCAGGUCAAGGCUGCUAUUAAGGCUCAACAAGACCAACAAAUUGAUAAUGCACUUCUAGCUGAGGGGCGAUUCUACUCAGAUCUUGAGCUCACAGAGAAAGAAAUUGAACGCAUGGUGAUGGAAGCUUCGAGGGCUGAGUAUCAUGCAGAUGACACAUUCAAGCAACAACUUGGAAGGAGAGAAUCUUCCACUUCUAGCGCUGAGCCAUCAUCUUCUGGAGCUAGAUCAUCAGGAAGUGAGACUAAGCUAGGAGUGAGGGACCAUGGUUUUCAAGAUUCCCCUCUUAGCAGCAGUAUGCAAGUCGUGCUGUCGAUGGGGUUCAGCUACCUGCAGGUGAUCGAGGCUUACAGCAUAUUCGGAGAUGAUGUCGAUUCCAUGGUUUGUUACUUAUUGGAAACUAGCAGCAGUAGCAGGCGCAAAGGCAAGGCAACUGAAUGA